CGGAAAAUUUUUUGUGAUGAAAAAAUAAUUUUUAGUAAAAGUCCCUCGUUUUACCGUGUAAAAACCCUUGAUUUAAAGGGUUCAUUUGACUCGUAACUGCAGAUAUUUGACGAAAUUGCAAUGAGCGAUCCGGAAAACCAAGAGAUUAAUGCAACGCAACGGAGUACGCCCAGAAGCUCUGGCAGUUCAAUUUCUCCGUCAACUUCGUCGACAACCUCAUCCACGGGCUCCGCAAAGAGUGCCGUUUCCGAAUGUUUGGGCGCCUGGUUGAGUUAUUUGCAGUUGUUGAACAACUUGGUUGCUUCAGGAUACCGUUUAACGCAAUGCAUCUCCACGCUAGAGGGAUGGACAAAUGCCGAGUCGCAAGCAACGCCCGCCAGCGCUACAGCCUACCAAAUUUUAUCGGCAUGGGACGAGUUGGCGAAAGCAACGAGCAUCGCGACAUCCACUGUCAAGUCACACAUUGUCUCGAAAUUGCAGGAUUUCAUUACGCAGCCCGUUGCUACCUUCGAAAAUGAGAACGAAUUGCAACGUGCUCGCGAACACAAUCAAUAUGUCGUGCACGAUUCCUUCCAAACUCUCACAAACCUGCAACAUCAAUUUUCCGUGGCGAGUUGUGAGUUUUUCGUUCAAUGCAUCUUCCAAUCGGGCUAUCCGGUUGAACCAACAAAUGCUGUUUCGUGCACAACGCAGGGACUCACAUUGACCGAUAUGCGAUCUCAAACGCCAAGUCCCGCGGGUUUAUUGAAAGCGGAUCAUCUAGUCAAGGCAUGUGAACGUUUCGGCUCCGGAUCGACUCACGCAUCAUCCGAUCAUCAAUUUGAGCAAAUUCGUGGUCCAAGUCCCAUUCAAGGUAUGGGUCAUUUAGAUCACAUUCGAGGUCCUUUACCAAACCCGGGGCAUUUGUUGACGAUGAAGACUCCUUUUUAUCGCGGUUCACGAAGUCCCUUGAAUUUUCCGCUGUUUCCGUCAAAUGGGCAACGUCGAUGGUCCGAAACGGCAGCUGUUCAAAGUGCUGCGGCGCAAGAAGAUGAAAACCAGGCACGUCGUUGGAGUAUGCCGUGGGAGCACAAGACUGACAAACAAAGUUCACGCAUGCCGAUAAGUAAAUUAGCGGUUCCCAUGCAUCAAACCGGUCCUCCGCCUCCCGCGAAAACGAGUGGCGAUCGCAGUCAUAGUAUUACAUCGGAAUCCAGUGUCGAUGGUUUGACGGAAGCCAUACAGCUGCUGUCAUGCAAACCCGUGCAACGUACAUUGCCGAUGCAACAUUCGAUUGGAGCGCCCUUCAUCGAGGAACCAGGCGGGAUGUACGGCAUUUGGAGUACGCCACAAACGCAAGUCUCACCCCACUUACGUUUCAUGCGCGAACAAGAAAAGUCAUUUGAUGAAAAUGCCCCACCGUAGUAAUCUCUCUCUUUCACACACACACACAACCAGACACGAAAAAACACUCAAUGCAGGGUCAUUGAGACCGUACUCGUAACUAAUUAAUAAUAUUUAGCUUUUGAUAAACCUCUUAGGGAUCGAAUCCUCACAAAGUUUCUCUCUAGACCUUUUUUGAUAGUCCAAUAAGAUGUUAACCCUGAUAUCAUUAUAGAUUAAUAAGAAGUGAUGUUAUAAUUGUAAAACUGAAAACUUUAUAAGAAAAGGACAUUUUGACUGCCCGAUUUAUGUAUUGAAUGUUGAUUACAUUAUAUUAUUAUUAUAUUGAUUAUUAUUAGAUUCGUAAGUUUGUAACUUUAAUUACAGCUGCAAAGAGACGAUUAAAGAUAUUUCGAUUGAAUUGAAGAAACAACUAACAGUCGUGAAUCAUUGUGAUGAAUGUUAGCGAUGCAACAGAUGUACUUUAUAAGUGCAAGAAAAUUUGUUUUUUUUUUGUUUUAUGAAAAAUUUUAAUACUAAUAGAACCAUAUU